AUGGCUCCUCCGAAGGCUGUAAAGCAGACGGUUGUUGAAGUAGCACAAACUGCAGCUCUUGAAGUAUCAAAUCCUACUACCCCUAGUGGAACCGAUGAGCAGUCACCCAAGACUACUGAGGAGCGUGAUUACAUGGCACUUGUUCCAUAUGCUUCAGCAGUUGGCAGUUUGGUGAAUGCUAUGGUCUGCACUAGACCUGAUAUAGCACAUGCAGUGGGAGUAGUUAAAAGAUAUUCAAACACAAUGACUGACACUCAAGUUGGAGAUGUUGCUUCUAGUUCUAGUUCAACCACAUCUCGUCUGGAUUUUUCAAGUCCUUUUUACCUGCAUCCUUCAGAGAAUGCGGGAUCAUCAUUGUUACCUGGAGUUUUCGAUGGUACUGGUUACAGAUCUUGGCGAAGAGCAGUCCUCAGAGCAUUAUCAGUUAAAAGCAAAACAGGUUUUAUUAAUGGAGCAAUUGUGAAGCCUGUAUCUACUGAUCCUAACUUCUUGCAGUGGGAAAGAUGUGAUGAUAUGGUCACAUCUUGGAUCUUGAAUUCCUUGUCUCCAGAGUUGCGUGAUAGCCUACAGUAUGUGAAUAAUGCCAAGGAGUUAUGGGCAGAGUUAGAGGAAAGAUAUGAUCAAACAAAUGGAUAUAAGUUGUACCAGUUACAGAAGGAGAUAAAUGAGCUUGUUCAAGGUACUUUAGAUAUCACUAAGUACUACACAACAAUGAAGAAGUUGUGGGAGGAGAUGAGCACAGUUGACAUUAAUUCUCAAUGCACAUGUGUAUGUUCUUGUGGAGGAAAAACAAAAUUGCAAAAGGAUGAACAAGAUAGAAGAUUAAUACAUUUUUUAAUGGGGUUAAAUGAAAUGUACACUACUGUUAGAGGUAGUAUCCUCAUGAUGAACACUCUUCCUAGCAUGGCUCAAGCCUUUGCUAUUCUAUGCCAAGAAGAAAAGCAAAGAGAAGUAAAGCCUCAUAAUCAUACAGCCUUAGACUCUACUUCUCUUAAUGCUUAUGGACAAUACAAUAACAAUGCAGGUUACAAAGGAUUCAGAACAAACUAUAGUUCAUCCAAAGGGGCUGCAUCCAGUUCUGGCAACAAUAUGUCUAGAGGGAAUUCAAGUAUUAACAGGUCCACUUUAGUAUGUGAUUAUUGCAAGAAGUCAGGACACACGAAAGAUAGAUGUUAUAAACUUCAUGGAUAUCCAUCCAAUCCAAAGUUUCAAAGGGGAAAAGGAACAAGUUCUGCAGCAAACAUGUGUGCUUCUGAUAUGAAUGCACAACAAUCUGAGGAAGAGACUUAA